AUGGUAGGGAUCGUCGGCCACGUCGUCGUCGAGCUCUCGCCGCCGUCGGCCGAGGGGGGGCACAACCGAUUCGCUGCUCCCUUCAACGUCGCCGCGCCCGUGCUGCUGCUCGCCUCCUUCCUGUGCCAGGUGCAGUGGAGCGAGCGGUACGGCGACAGGCGGACGACGCCGAGCGCGUCGCUGCUCCGCUCGUGGCGUGCGAUCGUCGCGAGCCGCACGCUGCUAGCUCUCGGCGUGGUCAACUCGCUCUACGAGACGUCGCUCUACGCCUUCGUCUUCAUGUGGACCCCCUCGCUCGAGCGCCGUGCGCCGCACCAGAUCUCGCACGGGCUCAUCUUCUCCAUCUUCAUGGUGAGUAAGAUGGCGGGCGCGCAGGGCUUCGCGCUGCUCGACGCUUGCCUGGGCGGUGUGUUUGCGGGCUCCGCGCUCUGCCUGCUGGUGCCUGUCGUCUCGAGCUCGUACGAGGCGCUGCUGCUCGCCUUCUCCGCCUUCGAGUGCCUGCUCGGGCUGUACUGGCCGGCCAUCGCGCUCGUGCGGGCCGGCGAGCUGGAUGACUCGUGCUGGCGAUGCCGUCCGACGCGCACGGCGAGAGCAGAGGCGGCUCGGGUGCGUCCUCGGAGGUGGUGCCGAUCAUCGCGGUGCCGGAGAGGGGGGGGCUCUUCAAAAAGAGGUCCCCGACCGAGAGUCCCGAGCUGGACGACGCGGAGUGAGAGUGUGGCGCCUCCCUCGCGCCUCGGGCGGGGAGGGGAGAGUGUCGUGGCGGGGCGCCGGGCCUGAUCCCCGGCAGUACUGGUUUGAUAUAGCACGGAGUCCUCUCGCUCCAGUGCAGUACGGAGUGUGUGUCGCAUCGCAUUUCAGUGAUGCCCCAAAAGUCUG